CGCAAAACUUACGCGACGCCUUCUAAUCCUUUCGCCCAUGUGAAUGUCGUCGCCGGUGUCUUAUGCAAGCAAAUUUUCAAGUUUCAUAAGCUCAUUGCGGCGCCUCCCCAAAUCGGCAAGGUCAGUAGUCUCCUGCUCUGUCACAGACUAAUACACAUCUGACACAUCUGUGCACGGUGUUUGUAUGCAGUAUAGUCGGUGAGAUGUGGGUGCAUAAGCUUUGAUUGUUUUAUUGAAUACCAGAUGUUCAAUUUCCAAAAUGACCACCAGGCUGUGCAGAUGGGCGCGACAGUUUCCUCGCUGCCCUCAGAUUGCUGCAGCCCCAGCCCGAUUACAGACACCCACUCUCCACUCUAUAGAGCCAUGGUGCUCUUUGUCAUUGUCUUGGCUUCGGCCUGCUCCUAGACACCUCUGUCAGGGCAGUGAACUGGCCAAGAUGGAGGAGACCCCAAUUCCAUAUGAACGCACAGAACUAGUGGGACUUGUUGAAAAGGCAGCCACUCCACAGGAAGUGCUUCAGCUGUGGGCAGAGCAAGGCAGAUCUGCCGGUGAUGCAGCCAGGUGUCUGAUCCAGCUCAGCCUACGGGUCAUGGAAAAGGGUGGUGACGGAAUUCUGCAGGAUCCACGCUGUGAAAAUAUGCUGGAGACCGUAAACUCUCAGGUGUCUUCAGUAUGGAAUGGGUCUCUAGUGGCUCUCCUGCGCGCUCUCUCCAUGUUGGGUCUCCCUUUUGAUGCCCCUCUGCUCCGCUCUCUCCAGAAUGAAGUUCUUUGGAGGAUUCGACGCCUCACUUACCGUCACCUGGCCUACCUGGUGGAUUGGGUAGCCUUUCAGCGCAGUAGAGGGCAGGAAAAUGAAGCUCUUACCAAAACCCUGUUGAAACAACUUGAGCUGCGCUGGACUGAGCUGUGUGAUCCUCGUACCAUCAGCAUUCUCAUGAGCCGUGCCUCUCUCCUCUCCCCCUCACUCAUGGACAAACUAGAGGACAAGGCCCUGGAGUUGUCUGAAAACUUCAGCGCAGAGGAUAUCCGCAGGGUGGCAUUUGCACUGGCCUCUCAAAACAGAAGAGCCGUUUCUUUGUUGCGGGCACUCUCAUAUCACCUGAACCAGAAACCCUCCCUUGAACUGAAAACACCACUGCUGCUUGACAUAGCAUAUGCUUAUGGUAAGCUGAAUUUUCACCAGACACAGGUGCUCCAGAGAAUAGCUGCGGAGUUAUUGCCUAGGUUAUCUGAACUGAGUUCACUUGACGUCACACGCUGUGCCAAGUCUCUGGCCUUCCUCAAGUGGCUCCACCUGCCUCUGUUUGAAGGCUUUGCUCAGCACUACACAAGUAAUAGUGAAAAGUACAGCACUCUGCAGGUGUGUAAUCUCCUCAUGUCUUUCGCCAAACUCAACUUCCAGCUCAGCAAAGGGGAGGAAUUCUACCCAAAGGUACAUACAGCUUUGGAGAAUUCCUUUCAAAAUUUAGAGCCCUUUCUGAAAACAGAUGUUGUUUGGUCACUGUGUGUGCUGAACCAGGCCAAGCCUGACUACAUCACCUCUGUUACAAAGCCUGCCUUUCAGAAGAAACUAUCAGCAGGUGGAAGUGUGGGCCGGACCGAGAACUAUCAACAGAAACUAUUGCAUAUCUCUGCCUAUGCUCAGCUGGAGCCUCUUGGAGCCACUGCUGUCUCUUCUGCUGUGCUGCUGCCUGCUUCCCAGGGCAAAGUGGACUCAAACACCCCUCUACGGAGUGGCCUACACACAGCCCUCCAGAGCUUGACAAACGCACGUACACAGGCUCUCCGUACUACUGUAAAAACAGUAUACGGCUGGACAAUAGAUGGAGAGCUUGUUGUAGAUUCAGAAAAUAAGCCUAUAGACUUGGAGAACUUAAAAGCCCCUCAUUUACCUGGAGGCGGUGGGACUGUUGUCUUACCUGCUGGGGCACGACGGAUAGCAUUUGUGGCUUGGGAGUUUCCUAAUUUUUGUCUCAGGAGUAAGGAUCUUCUGGGGCGCUUUGCCAUGCAGAAACGUCACCUACAGCUGGCUGGUUUUAUAGUGGUGGAGGUGCCGUACUUUGAAUGGCUGGAGCUGAAGUCUGAUAGGCAGAAAGUGGCCUACCUGAAGGACAAGUUAGGGAAGGCAGUGGCUGAGGACAUGGCGAAGUGAGAUGAUGGACCAACUGUUCAUCAAACCAAUCAAUAAAUGUAAAUGCUUUCAGACAGACUGUGGCACAGGCUACUAAAACAAACUACAGACCCAGGCAAAAACAUAACAUAUGAGGGAAGGAUAAUGAGUACUACCACACAUAUAUAACUGUGACAGAAAUGUUGUUGUCCACACGUUUCAUGAUGGAAAAAUCUGAACAUCAGUGUGGAAUAAAGGAGUGAAAGCAAACAUAUGUCUGGGAGCUGUCAUCUCUGCAUGCAGAAAAAGCAGAACCUCCAGAAAUCAGCAGAUGCUUGGAAGAAACAUUAAGGAAUCUACUGCCUUCCCAAAAAGCAAUCUUGCAACCAAAGAGGCAAGCAUAUGCUCUAAAGUGCAAGUGUGUGUCUGAGCUAACAUAAGUGAUAUUCACCACAGGGGAAACCAUUCUUCUCCAACCACAUUAAAUUAUAAUAUCUUUGCUUCCAUUGUCUAAAACAUUGUCCAUUGUUGUCCUCAAAAGCACCAGGACAAACACUUUCUACUACCACUAAUAAUAAAUACAUAUUUUUUUUAAUGCAGUUGCCUAGACAACACUUAAGGCUUUCCUUGUUUCCAAGGAGACAGUUGUUGAGGUUGAAAAUAUUUACAGAGAGGGGAUAGCUCAGAAACUGAGAGUUCAGUAUUUAAAAGAUACUUUCAUUACAGACAGAGAAUACCUCUCUCUAUGUUUCCUGUUAAUUAGUAAAGUUGGAAAAUAAUAUCAAAGGGAUAGUUCUCUCAAAAAUUUAAAAUUUUGUCUUCAUUUACCAGAAUGUUGUUGCAAACCUAUAUGUCUGAUUUCUUCCGUGGAACUCUUGAGAUAUUUGGCAGAAUGUUAGGGACUGAUAGCCUCAGCCACCUUUCAAUGAAUGGAAAUAAAGAUGCCAUGAAAGUGAAUGGUGACUGAGGCUGUCAGUCCCUAACAUUCUACCUAACAUCUCAUUUUGUGUUCCACAGAAUAAGUCAUAUGGCUUUGGUUGGAAUAUCAUGACGGUGAGUAAACGAUGACAGAAUUUUCAUAUUUGGGUGAUCUGUCCCUUUAAUAAUUUAUUAUAUCAACUCUACUUGACUUACAUGUUAUUUGUGCAUUUAUGGAUGUACUUGUGUUAUUUGAUAAAGAGCAAUCUUAACAAUUUUACACAAACAUGUAAGUGGAAAUAAAAUUCCAUUGAAUAUUUGUUUAGCAUACAACUUAUUACCCAGUUCUGGAACGUUCAGACCUUAGAGGAGCUUAAGACCUGUUGUCAGUAUUGCGCUUCUGUUAUUUGCUGUCAAGUCAAACUGGAGGUCCUUCCUGUGGUCAGUCUUUACUGAAGAAUAGACCUUCCUCUUGAAAGAAAAUCUCAGAGGUUUAUAUUGUACUUGAGGAAAUGCAGAGAAUGGAAUUUUCCAUUUAUACAUUCAUCUUAAGCACAUCAGUGUGUGGUAUCAAUAAAAUAAAUAAUAUGUUGUCAUCAAAGAUCA